AUCAUGCAUAGUAAACGCGUUGAAGCCGAUUUGACUUCUACUAUAAGGAACGUGUUUUUCUUUAGAUAUCAAUAUAAAUAAAGGAAAACAUUUGUACAGAUAAAACAAAAUGUUGGAAGACGAGUCGCGGGAACGCCAAUCCGAGUUUCGUGACGAGAAAAAACAGAAAGCAGAAAGGGAUAAUGACAGAGUAAACGAGAGUACCUACGAUUCGAAUAAAUACAUAUCCGAAGCAAGACGCGUGCCGAAUGGAACCGUGCCCAUAAACAUUUUACAGUUUCAUCAUUCAUUUUCGUACGACUGUCAAAGAUAUUUUAAUCUUUGCGUGAUAGAACCGAAUGUUGUCAUCUUCGCUUCUGGUAACAUUUUACAUUUUUUGAAUACCACGACCAGCCAGCUAUGGUUUAGAAGAGGAUACACGAGUGGUGGAAUUGGACACAUAACGAAAAAUCCAAUGUUUGAUCAUAUUGCCGUUGGCGAAAAUGGUAUUAAACCUCCAAUAAUAAUAUAUAAAUGGCCUUCGAUGGAUAUUGUGACGAUUUUAGAUAAUGGCACGAUAAAGUCCUAUUGCCAUUUAACAUAUAGUGCGGAUGGUUUGUUGCUAGUGUCACAAGGAGGAGAGCCAGAUUAUACAAUUACCCUUUGGGAUUGGCAAAAGUCUGAGAUAGUAUUAAAAUGUAAAUCUUACAAUCGGGAUGUUUACAAUGUAACGAUAUCUCCGUUAUUACCUGGAUCUUUAGCGACGAGCGGCUUGGGACAUAUAAAAUUUUGGAAAAUCUCCAAAACGUUCACCGGGCUUAAAUUAAAAGGCGAGAUUGGUAGAUUUGGCCAGACAGAGAUCUCUGACAUUGUGGGUGUAUACAUCAUGCCAGAUGGCAAGAAUUAUAUUGUUUUUAGGUUGUAUCAGGCUGCGAAUGGGGAAACAUUUUAUUGUGGGAAGAAGGCUUAAUUAUUUUUGAAAUAUGUAGGAAAAAUCGGCAGCCCUGUCACGCUAAAGCAAUCACACAAUUUGAGUAUAUGAAUGGAGAGCUUAUAUCAA